CGUUCGCCGGGCCACGUGAUGCGGCCAAGAUGGCCGACGGGGAGGACGGCUGCCCAGCAGGGCAGGCGCCGAUGGCGGAGCCCAGGCCCGAGUCGGGAGAAGAGUUCGAGAUCGUGAACCGGAGCCAGCUACCGGGAGCGGGCGAGCUGCGGGGCGCGGCGAGGCCGAGGCCGGCGGCCGACGGCUGGUCGGCGCCCAUCCUGACCCUGGCGCGGAAGGCCACCGGCAACCUAUCGGCGAGCUACGGAAGCGCGCUGCGCACGGCCGCGGGCCUGGGCGACGCGGACGGUGGCGCGGACGGCGCGGCGCGCGCAGCUUCCAAGUGCCAGAUGAUGGAGGAGCGUGCCAACCUGAUGCACAUGAUGAAACUCAGCAUCAAAGUCUUGCUCCAGUCUGCUCUGAGUCUGGGCCGCAGCCUGGAUGCAGACCAUGCCCCCUUGCAGCAGUUCUUCGUAGUGAUGGAGCACUGCCUCAAACAUGGGCUGAAAGUUAAGAAGAGUUUUAUUGGCCAAAAUAAAUCUUUCUUUGGGCCUUUGGAGCUGGUGGAGAAACUUUGUCCAGAAGCAUCAGAUAUAGCCACUAGUGUCAGAAAUCUGCCAGAGCUAAAGACAGCUGUGGGAAGAGGCAGAGCCUGGCUGUAUCUUGCACUCAUGCAAAAGAAACUGGCAGAUUAUCUGAAAGUGCUUAUAGACAGUAAACAUCUCUUAAGUGAGUUCUACGAGCCUGAAGCGCUGAUGAUGGAGGAAGAAGGGAUGGUGAUCGUUGGUCUGCUGGUGGGCCUCAAUGUUCUUGAUGCCAAUCUCUGCUUAAAAGGAGAAGACUUGGAUUCUCAGGUUGGAGUGAUCGAUUUUUCCCUCUACCUUAAGGAUGUGCAGGAUUUUGAUGGCAGCAAAGAGCAUGAAAGAAUUACUGAUGUCCUGGACCAAAAAAACUAUGUGGAAGAGCUUAACCGGCACUUAAGCUGCACAGUUGGGGAUCUGCAGAACAAGAUAGAUGGCUUGGAAAAGACUAAUUCAAAGCUUCAAGAAGAGCUUUCAGCUGCAACAGACCGGAUUUGUUCACUUCAGGAAGAACAGCAGCAAUUAAGAGAACAAAAUGAAUUAAUUCGUGAGAGAAGUGAAAAGAGCGUGGAGAUAACAAAACAGGACACAAAAGUUGAGCUGGAGACUUACAAGCAAACCCGGCAGGGUCUGGACGAAAUGUAUAGUGAUGUGUGGAAGCAGCUAAAAGAGGAAAAGAGAGUCCAUUUGGAACUUGAAAAAGAACUGGAGCUACAAAUUGGAAUGAAAACCGAAAUGGAAAUUGCAAUGAAGUUACUAGAAAAAGAUACCCAUGAGAAGCAGGACACUCUUGUGGCCCUCCGCCAGCAACUGGAAGACGUCAAAGCAAUUAAUUUACAGAUGUUUCACAAAGUUCAGAAUGCAGAGAGCAGUUUACAACAGAAGAAUGAAACCAUCACAUCUUUUGAAGAAAAAUCCAAUCAAGCUAUGUCCACCAUGAAACAAAUGGAAGAAAGGUUGCAGCACUCGGAGAGGGCGCGCCAGGGGGCGGAGGAGCGGAGCCAGAGGCUGCAGCAGGAGCUGGGUGCCAGGACCAGCGCCCUGCAGCACCAGCUUGCCCAGCUGCACGAACAGUGCUCAAGUCUGGACAAAGAAUUGAAAUCAGAAAAAGAGCGCAGGCAAGCCCUCCAGCGGGAACUGCAGCGUGAGAAGGACGCUUCCUCACUCCUCCGAGCAGAGCUACAGCAAGUGGAGGGCCUGAGAAAGGAGCUAAAGGAGCUCCAGGACGAGAAGGCAGAGUUGCAGAAGGUUUGCGACGAGCAGGAACAAGCCCUUCAGGAGAUGGGGCUGCACCUCAGCCAGUCCAAGCUGAAGAUGGAAGAUAUCAAAGAAGUCAAUAAGGCCCUGAAGGGCCAUACCUGGCUGAAAGACGAUGAAGCAACACACUGUAAGCAGUGUGGAAAGGAGUUCUCCAUUUCCCGGAGGAAGCACCACUGCCGGAACUGUGGCCACAUCUUCUGCAGCACGUGCUCAGGGAAUGAGCUGGCCCUGCCCUCCUACCCCCGGCCGGUGCGUGUGUGUGAUGGCUGCCACACGCUGCUGCUGCAGCGCUGCUCCUCAUGCCCCGGCUCCUGAGGCCCAGCAGCCUCCGGCUCCCUGGACAGGGCCACAUGCCACUAAGGGGACGACCACGGCUCACCAAGUCUGCUCGCAAGUGACUCAGAGGGAAGAGACAACAGAUCCUUGCCCAGUUGCAGGCCCUGGAACACAGCUCACCAGAUUGGAAGCUGCACAACUUUUUUCUGCCGAGCUGUAUGGAAUUAACUCCUCUGGAUUGAAAUUUCCUUCUCACUUGGCCACUUUAUUGGCUUUGGCUCAGAUUCUAACAAUGAUUUUGCUACUACCCUUUUUCACUUUUAAAGAAUUCACAUAUUUUGCAGCAAUCGUAGUAUUGGGGUUAAUUUAUCGCCUCUCAGUGUGCCUUCCCUGCCUCAGCGUCAGAAGACUUGCCAUUUCACACCCUUGUGUCUAUCACUGGCCCUGCAAUAAAACCAUUUAUUUUUCACUCUGGA